AUGAGGCUGAUAGAAAGCUCCAAACUCAGCCUCUUCAGCUUCAAAGCUUGCUCAUUAAGCUCACAAGUGACCCCGUUUGGCCCCUUCAAUUCAUUUGUGCAAAAGAGGUGGAGAAAGCCUAUAAUUUCCGCCCAAACACGCUUAGAAGAUCGAACCAGGGACUCAAACCUAGACAAGCUCACAACCCACCUCAAGAAACUCGAUAUCAUCUUAAAACUCCAUGUCCUCAUGUCCAGUCGGAAGCGCGGACCAUUUGUGUCCUUACAGCUAAUGUCCCGAUGGAGGAACCUCGUGGGGCUUAAUGUCGGCAUUGGCGCCUUUGUUCACAAAUACCCACAUAUUUUUGAGGUGUUUACACAUCCGGCACGGCGCAAUUUGUGUUGUAGGAUAAGCAAGAAAAUGAUGGGUUUAAUAGAGGAAGAAGCAGAUGCUAUGAAACAAUUGGAGCUGGAAGUUGUCCAUCGGGUAAAGAAGUUAUUGAUGAUGUCUGUGAGUGGCACUCUUCAUCUCCAUGCUUUGAGGUUGGUUAGGAGAGAAUUGGGGUUGCCUGUGGAUUUCAGGGAAUCCAUUCUUGGUAAAUAUUCGAAGGAUUUUAAGUUGGUUGAUUUAGAGGUUGUAGAAUUGAUUAGUAGAGAUGAAAAUUUGGACGUGGCUGAAAUUGAGAAAUGGAGAGAGAAGGAAUUUAGAGAGAAGUGGUUGAGUGAGUUCGAGACAAAGUAUGCAUUCCCUAUCAAUUUCCCAACGGGGUUUGAGAUCCAGGCUGGGUUUAGAGAUAAGUUGAAGAAUUGGCAAAGACUUCCUUAUGUGAAGCCUUAUGACAGGAAAGAGUCUGUCCGCAUCCGUACUUGUGGAGGGAUUGAGAGGUAUGAGAAACGGGCGGUUGGUAUUCUUCAUGAGUUCUUGAGUUUGACAGCAGAGAAGAUGGUUGAGGUUGAAAGAGAGGCAUAUAGUAAAGGGUGCCUCAUUCAGUCUAAUCCGAUAUAUGAUGUUCGGAGGAAAAUGUUGGACCUUGUUUUCCUAGGGAGUCGAAAUACUAGAGAAAUGCCAGCUCAAAAGGAAAUCAAGGAGUUCAAAGUAGAUGGGGAUGGUAUAAUGGAUGGAGACUGGGGUUAUCCCAAUGUUAGAGAACUUGGAGAAUGGAAGUUGAAAUUGGUAAUUCAAGGUUUCAGGAAUACAGUCAGAUUUAGGGAUGGAAUUAUGGAUGGAGACUGGGUUAUCCUUGUAUGA